AUGUCUCUGAGCAAUCAUCCGAAAGCAUACGGCUCGGCCGCCCUGGCGCUCGCCUUCGCGGCCGGCAUCCUCGUCACACUGGGCUUCAAAGACUUCUAUCCCGACCUCGAGCGCCGCUACCAGCGCCGCCGUACCCGCCGGGAUCCGUCCUCCACGGACCCUUCCCGGCGUAGCAGUCUCUUCUGGGGACCUCCCGUGCAGCUUGAAGACCAUGAGACCGCCUCCGAAGCUGGUGAGGCGGCGGCCCUCGCGGCAGGCGCCACGUGGAACCCACCUUUAAUCGCAGACGGCGUUGCCGGCGCCAUCGGCAACACCCCACUCAUCAAGAUCCGCUCCCUCAGCGAGGCGACGGGUCGCACCAUCCUAGCCAAGGCCGAGUUUCUCAAUGCCGCAGGCAACACACCCAAGGACCGUGUCGCGCUGUCCAUGAUCGAGGCCGCCGAGGCCGCCGGCCAGCUCGUCCCCGGGCGCGGCGACACCAUUUACGAGGGUACCGUUGGCAGCACGGGGAUUUCGCUAGCGACGCUGGCACGCGCGAGGGGUUACCGCGCGCACAUCUGCAUGCCCAACGACAUGGCCAUGGAAAAGGUCGAUCUGCUCCGUCAUCUCGGCGCAACGGUUGAGCGCGUGGAUCCGGCGCCGAUCGCGUCGCCCGACCACUUUGUAAAUCUUGCGAGACGGCGGGCUGUGGAGCACGCCGCCAAGGCGGGCGACGGCAGCGUGGGCUACUUUGCAGACCAGUUCGAGAACCCGGCCAACUUCGCGGCGCACUUGCACACCACAGGUCCCGAGAUUGUGUACCAGACUGGCGGCACCCUGGGCGCCUUCGUAGCCGGCGCCGGCACAGGCGGAACAAUUGCGGGCGUGGCCAAGUACUUGAAGGAGGAGGCCCGCCUACCAGGUCUACAGGUCAUUCUAGCCGAUCCCCAGGGCAGCGGGCUGUACAACAAGAUCCGACACGGCGUCAUGUAUUCCAACACGGAGAAGGAGGGGACACGGCGGCGGCAGCAGGUCGACACGAUCGUGGAGGGAAUCGGCAUCAACCGGGUGACUGAGAACUUUGAGGCAGGCAGGGAGCUGAUUGACGACGUGAUCAAGGUAACGGAUGAGCAGGCGUGCCGCAUGGCCAGGUGGCUGGUGGAGAAGGAUGGUAUCUUUGCAGGCAGCAGCAGUGCUGUCAACUGCGUUGCGGCGGUUGUUGCGGCCACACGACUGCCCGAGGGCAGCCAAGUCGUCACGAUCCUUUGCGACUCAGGCACAAGGCACCUUAGCAAAUUCUGGAAGCAUGUAGCGGCGAUGGGUUUGGAGGAGGACGAGCACUCGGCCGAUCUAUUCUCAGUGUUGAAGAUCGACCCAGCGAAGCAAUGA